UAAAAGCUUCUAUCAUUUCCAGAUUUAAGUACAAGCCAAAGCAAGACGCUCGACUCACAUAUGAGGACGCUUUGCCGCACGUUUUAAGGCACCAGUGUGUACGGGACCUGACGUGACGCGGCAGUGGGGCUGGCUUUCCUCCACUCUGCCUGCAUUCAUAAACGGAUAUGAUAAACCAGCGUUGAAUGCACCGGAGAAGCGAUAACAGUCAGCUCUUACCAUGGCGGAAGAGGACGACGCGGGGAUUCGGAUUUUACAGAGCCUGCGGGGUAAAAUAUGUGAAGCUAAGAACCUUGGUCCAGUCUCAGGUCCAAAUCGACAAAGGGAUCUCUGCACCUUUUGCACCAUAAGUCUGGAUCAAGAGGAGGUGUUCCGCACCAAGGUGUAUGACAAAAGUGUCUGCCCUUUCUAUGGAGAGGACUUCUACUUUGAGAUCCCACGACCGUUUCAGUGUUUAUCCUUCUAUGUUUAUGCCAAGAGUGUUUUUCAAAGGGACCUACCUGUUGGCAAGGUGUCAAUCCGGAAGGAUGACCUGUGUAAAUACAGUGGGAAGGAGCACUGGUGUAGCCUUCAUCCGGUAGAUCCAAACUCAGAAGUCCAGGGUAAGGUUCACUUGGAAAUGCGACUGAAUGAAGUGAUCCCAGAGAUCGGCUCAGUAGGUCAACACUUAUUAGUCCGGAUAAUUGAGUGCCAGGGACUGCCUCUGAUCAGUGGGCAGAACUGUGACCCCUAUGCCACAGUGUCACUCGUCGGACCUGCCAGGUCUGAUCAAAAGAAAACAAAGGUAAAGAAGAAAACCAGCAACCCUCAAUUUGAAGAGACGUUCUUUUUUGAGGUCACACGGUCCAGCAGCUACUCAAAAAAGUCUCAUUUCUCAGUGGAGGAGGAGGACAUCGAAAAACUUGAGAUCAAGGUUGAUUUGUGGAACAACGAGAAUCUGGCUCAGGAUGUGUUUCUGGGGGAGACGCGGGUCCCUGUCAAGGUCCUACAAAAUGACCGCACCCACAAAGCCUGGUAUCUCCUCCAGCCCAAAGGGAAUGGCAGCAAGUCCAAGUCUGAUGAUUUGGGAUCCUUGCGUUUGAAGCUGACCUACAUAGAAGACACGGUGCUGCCAUCUGCCUACUACACACCACUCUGCAACCUGCUGCUUAAAUCCCCAGAUGUGAAGCCCAUCUCAGCGUCCGCAGCACACAUUUUGGGGGACAUCUGCAGAGAGCGAUAUGAGGCUGUUCUGCCCAUGGUUCGAUUGCUGCUCCACCACAAUCGCUGUGUGCCUUUUGUCUCUGCUGUGGCAGCACUAGAGCUGGACAACACUCAGGAGGCUAACACUAUAUUCCGCGGCAACUCACUGGCGACACGCUGCAUUGAUGACAUGAUGAAGAUUGUGGGAAAGAAUUACCUGGCAGUUACCCUGAAGCCUGUUAUAGAUGAGAUUUGUGAAUCCAACAAAACAUGUGAAAUAGACCCGGUUAAACUAAAGGAGGGAGACAACGUGGAGGUCAACAAGGAGAACCUUCAGGGUUAUGUCCAGAAAGUCUUUUCUUCCAUCACCCAGUCAAGUUCCAGCUGUCCCCCACUUAUGUGUGAUGUCUUCAGGUCACUGAGACACUUGGCCUGCAAACGCUUCCCAGCUGACCCACAUGUUCAAUACUCGGCCGUUAGCAGCUUUGUUUUUCUGCGGUUCUUUGCCGUUGCUGUUCUUACUCCACACUCCUUCCAGCUCCGUUCCCACCAUCCUGAUCCUGAGAUUUCCCGCACACUCACACUUAUCUCAAAAACAAUCCAGACGCUGGGUAGCUGGGGUAGUUUGUCAAAAAAACUGUCUAGUUUCAAAGAAACCUACAUGUAUGACUUCUUCAAAUCAUUCCAAGAAGACAAGUGUAUCGAAAAAGUUAAAAAGUUUCUUGAUGAGAUCUCGUCUAACGUCAGCAAGGAGUCCAGUGGGCUGGAGGACGCAGUGGUUCUCAAGGAGGGGGAAGUACAGAAACGUGCCCAGGGGAGGAAACGCCUCGGAAAGAAGAACUUUAAAAAGAGAUGGCUCAGAGUGACCAACAGGGAGCUCUCCUACCACAAACAUAAAGGAAAAGAGGCCCUCUGUAUCAUCAAUGUAAAAAAUAUCCAGGCGGUGGAGAAACUGGAUGAAAGUGCCUUUAACCGCAAAAAUAUGUUUCAGGUGGUCCACUCUGAGAAGCCUCUCUAUGUGCAAGCAGGAAACUGUGUAGAGGCCAGUGAGUGGUUGGAGGUCCUGGGCCCGGUCAGUCGCUGCAAUGAGGGACGCCUCUCCACCUUUCAUCCUUCAAAUUACAGCAGUGGAGCCUGGCAGUGUUGCAAAAGCCAAAGUAGCAAUGCACCAGGCUGUAAGCCCUGCACAACCACCGUGCUGGCCAACCUGCAGCUGGACAUCGACUGUGACCGGGAAACGGAGAGAAUAUUCUCCCUCCUCUCCUCAAACGAUACCAAGCUCCAGAACAUGGAGGAUGCAUGUGCCAGCAUGGCGGUGUAUCAGGGCCCUCAGCGGGAGCAGGAGGACUACUCCAAGUUCACCAUUCAGGAACCCAAAGAGACCUUUCAGACACUCAAACAGCUCCGAAACAUCAUGGAGGAACUUCAGAGGCAGCACAACAUCAGGAGAGACUCAACGGCACAGUACGGAAGCCUGGACAACCCCAUAGUAGGGAAAACCUCUUAACCCGGGCGGGAAGGUGGGGCCUGAAACAGCCAAGCUGUACCAGCCGGUGUCAGUACACCACACAGCCUACGGCCUAAAGGAGCCCCUGGAGUUUUCCCAGCGGGAACGCCCGCGGUGUGUCCAGGAGAAGAGCAUACCAUACACCCUGACCUCCAGACAUCAUGAUUCCACUACAGCAGUGACCGCCUAAGAAAGGGAACCAGAACUAGCUUCUCUCCUCCCUCCUUGAAAUGAACGAACCCUUAGGUGUGUUCUUUGGCAGUACAUUGCCUCCCCUCCUCCCCUCCUCCGGUCCCUUAUAAAGAGACACUUUCCUUGUCUUAAUUUAUGUCCUCUUUGACGUCUACAGCUGUGUGAAAAAGGCAUCAUUAGAUGGUGUGUGAAUAGGCUGCUAAUUUUUUUUUAUUCACCCAGUUUUUUAUAUCAACAGUUGUGAUGAUGCUCUCCCGAAUUGUUCAAGGCUUUGCUCUGACAUCUGUCUUUAGAGUUGAUUUGAUAAUCAUCUUUCUGGAGGAUCGUCCUCUAUUUGUGCCCCUUUUACCUUUUCUCUUCUCUCUUAGUGUCCUUCCUCUUCUCAACAAAUGUUUAUGUAUAUUUUCAGAGGACCGUUAAGUAGAUGAAACCGAUCUGCCUUAUCUUGAUGGAUGUUUCUUUCGCAGUAAAUGCUGAGGGAAUAAUGCAGAAGCACUUUAAAUAUUUGGAGCACUCCAAAUGAAAUGAUUAGAUACUUGGUAUCAGCUUUCCCCAUUUUGAUCAGUUACAUGAUCCUGAGUACAUUUUUUUUUUUUUGUUUCAUUCCUGUACUAUAACAAUUAUAGCCUUUUAGAUUUUAAGAUAUUUUUCUCAACCAAAGACAAUUUCAUAGGUUUGACUUGAAAAAAAAGAAACAAUUAAUGUAUUUUGAAUACAAAUGUUUUAAAAAUGGAAAUACACAAACACAAACACAUAUAUAUAUAUAUAUAUAUAUAUAUUGAUUGUAUGUUUUUGCUAACAUAUUCUUUUGAUUUUUGGUGACUUAAGGCGAGCAGACUGAAUGCUGCGUUCAGUUUGGAAUCCUCAUGGCACAUGAUUGGGUCCCUGUGAUUGUGAAUCGUAUUGGUACGGUGUACAUUAGAUCUGUGCUGUCAUGUUGACAGCAUUGCAACAUACAUGCACUGUAGUGGCUUAUGUGAGAAAUUAUGGAGGAAAUGCAGAGAUGAAUCCAUCAGAAUAACAAAUUACCCCCAUCAUCCCUGAAUUACUCCAGACAAUCACGGCAACUAACAAACACAUUUUAUUUUUCAAUAAAUAAACAGCAACUCCAGCUGUUGUACUUAAUGGUUUAAGAGAAUCUGUUUGAAAUUUGGCACUGUGGUUAAAAGUUAUUUACAAAGUUAGUCGCAGCUCUCCACUGCCAAAACAUUCAAGUCUGUCUUGUAAAAAUAAAAAAAUAAAAAAGGAAAGUAAAUGAAUUUAAUACGAUGCACAUCAUCAUGUUCCUGGUGUCGUCAUAUCCUAGAAAUAUUUUGAUCCUAACAAUCAUAUCUGAUCGUUACAGUAAUAGAAAAUUGUCAGCUGUUGAUAUAUGCUUAUCACAAGUUAUCAACCCCCUAUGGUCAAACAGAAUUUAAUUAAUUAUAUGAAGCUGAUACUAGCAACCAAAUCCUCAGAAUUUUAAGAUCUAACCAUCAAAUAAAUUCUUAACAUUUUUACUAAUUAUUUUUCUGAUGGUCAACUUAUUUAUUAAUCAAAUCAUUUUGGCGCUGGAGAAAGCUGAACAAUCAAACUUGUGAUUCUAUCCUGUUUUUUUUUGUUUUAGUUUUUUUUUUCAUCAUUUGCCCAAUUGAACAAUGAAGUGUUGAAAAGAUACAAAAUAAACUUGAAUUCAUUUUAACAACAAAAGUUGAACAUUUGAUGCUGAUAAUACAGGGUUAACAGUGUAUUUUAUUUUGCCUGUGGAAUAAGUUUUUUUUUUUUUUUUUUUUUGUCUUUGGUCUGUCAUAUAUUUCUAACAUGCAUGUUUUGUGUAUUUAACAAUUUAUUUUUUUAGGAAAAUGUUUUUGUAUUUUUUUUUUUUUUUUUGAAACACUGAUUUAAUGUGUUGCUAUACUGGUACGGUACCUUGUUGUUCGUCUGCAGAGCUUCUUGAAGCUUUUGUUUUUGUCCCCCGAGUUGAUCCCUUUUACUGACUGUGUGUGGUUGUAGCUGCUGCCAGUCCUCCACUUGUUGAUAGCUUAAUGCUGUGUUACUGAAGUGAAUAUUGUGUGUAACGUUCCCCAGAGCUGCAGCUGGUAUUGACUAAGUCCACAUGCAGGUUGUAAGUGAAUGAACUGCCUAAUUAGAGCCAAUAUACAACUGUAAAAUGAUUGAUUUUUAAGACAUUGAUCAUUGAAUGAUUUGCCUAUGCUUGUGAAAACUUUUCAGUUGGACAAGGUUGAAAAAGAAAAAAGGAUGACUGGACCAAAUUUCAACAGCAAUAUGUGGACCCUAACAAAUCACAGCAUACAGUUAUUGUUAUAUAGUGUAUAAGCUUGCAUGUCAACUCCAUUGCCAGUUUAAUAAGGGCCAGUAAACUAGUUGUUGUCUUCUGGUUGUGUGCUCCUUUUCAUAUGAAGGUGAUUAGGUGGACAUGUUUUGGGGUUUUAAUGCCAUUCAUUUGGUCACAAAAUAAUGCUUUAUCUGCUUUUAAUAAGGGAUUUCUUUCUACUUGUUUUUCCAUGUCUGCACAUUGUCUCUAAAAUAAACAGUCUUUGUCAGCAUGUGGAUGAGAUGCAUGUGGAAACGCGUGCAGCGGCCUGGUAGUAGUUGACUUUGGCUGUCUCGUAUAAUAUUACCAAACGGAAAGGGACGUGUUUUAAACGAUCACAAACUCGCACACAUCUGACAUGUGUUUCUGAGCACUUAAUACUAAUUACAGAAGUGAAGCAUAGUCCAGGUUAAUGCCGAAACAAAAAUAUGAUUUCAGGUUCUGUUUCAAGCAUGACAACAAUGUACAAUGUUCUCUUCGAUUACAGGCGUAAAAUUGCAAAACAAGCUUUUCUUUCUGCCCAUCACCUCGCAUCGGUUCUGUCAGUCACAGAGCAUGAGUUCAAUAAACAAUUUGUUUGAAGACUUUACUGAAAUCUAAAAUCCUGUAUCUUUACAUUUCCAACUCAUUUCAUCUGAAUGUCUCCAUACUGCUUCGGUACAUUAUCUGUUCUUUUUAUACACAUUAAAUAUAUUAUUUUCCACA